AUGGCGGAACAAAUGGGCGCGAUGCACAGCAUCCAUCUUACUUCGGACGUAACCCAUUUGCUUGUGGGCGAUACAAACAGCGACAAGUAUAAAUUUGUUGCCAGAGAACGGAACGACGUGGUGGCAAUGAACCCGGAAUGGAUUGAGGCCGUGCGACACUCAUGGACUCAGGGAGAAGACAUAGACAUACAGGUGCUGGAAAAACAAUUCAGACUGGCAACAUUGCAUGGCCUCAAAAUCUGCAUCACUGGGUUCUCGGACCUUCCUUUCCGAGCCUACAUGCAGAAGACAACCGAGGAGAAUGGGGCCGAAUAUCGGAAAGACCUGACCAAAACUGUGACGCAUCUUAUUGCGCGCAACUCGGAGGGCGAGAAGUACAAAUUCGCAACACAAUGGAACAUCAAAGUUGUUUCCGUAAAAUGGUUUACAGACAGUAUCGAGCGUGGAAUGAUCUUGGACGAGCAAAAAUAUCAUCCGCUGAUGCCCCCUACAGAACAAGGUAUUGGGGCGUGGAAUCGAUCCUCGCCGACAGAGAGAGAGCCUCUUCGAAGGGAUAGCACUACCAAAGAGAACUCUUUGAACCCACGACCUCGAAAAUUACGCAGGAUUGCAAGUACAAAGUUGGUAGAUCAAAACGAAAGCAUAUGGGGAGACAUUGUCGGAACAGGAUUCGAUAAUAACGAAACGACUGGGCCUCAAAGGAACACACACGGACAUGAACCACCCGAAGCGUCGAAGCCUGUCAUACAGGCAUAUCAGUCAUUCGCCAGCGAGACUACAUUUUCUGAAAGCACCCAAUCUCGUCUUCCACGACCGGCUGCUCCAUCAAAAGACCAUGGAUUUUUACACGCGACUUAUUUCUUCAUUAAUGGAUUCACUUCCAAGCAGUCUAAAGUUCUGCGUGAGCAUCUCACUUACAACGGAGCUCAGUUGGUGGAUUCACUGAAUGAGUUUUCUAGCCCUACUAUUCCCAAAACAGGGCAUGGGCUAUUCAUUAUGGUGCCAUAUCAGACUCCCACUACAGCAAUUCCGUCAACGGAUGAAAUGGCAUUUGAAUGUGAGGUCGUGACGGAGAUGUGGCUGGAAAGAUGCAUUGAUGCUCGAGCUUUUGUUCUACCCGAGUCUCAUGUGGCGAGCACUCCGUUCCCCAAGUUCCCAAUACCAGGUGAUGCCCAACUAAAUGCAAGAUUCAGACAUGUUCUAAUGAUAUUAGGAUUUUCGGAAUUGCGGAUUUCUUCCACCGGCUUUGGGCGUAUUGAUCUUUUACAUCUACGCAAAUUGGUAGAGUUGAUGGGUGCCACAUACGGAGAUUUCCUAACGCAGAAAGCAUCCGUUUUGAUUUGCAAUGACCCCCAAACAGCCAGUGUGGAUAAACUGCGGCAUACUGCCGAGUGGGGCGUUCCAGCAGUGUCUGCUGACUGGCUCUGGAUAUCUAUCCAAACCGGCCAAAAGAAAGCAUUCGAGCCAUACAUUGUCCGACGACAAUUACCCCAAAAUGCUAACAGCACGGAGAAAUUAGGUUCCUCGUCUGCUAAAAGAAAGCAACCGGACAGACAUGUUGAUGAACGCAAAGCGGGUUCCCCGUAUAACAUUUCUACCGAGUCCACGAAUGGUGGUAGGAGCGAGAAGCGAAGUUUAGGGAACAUCGCCGCAAGUCGAACAAUACCCAUAGUUGGCGACGGCUUUGAGACCGAUGCACCAAAACCCUCUGUCCCAGAGUCUCGAUCUCCAACCCCGGCCAGGAUACUCGACAGACAAACCUCGGAGGAACCGAAUACCAAACACACCACGCCAAGUACCGACUCAGCACCACCCACUGGUCCAUCCGCACUGGAUACCGCCCUGAGCGGGCUCCUACAGCAAGCCCGCGCCGCCAAGUCACGACAUCAGUCCGAGAACAUCACGACCAAUGAUGACGGAAUUCCACCCCGACGAAAGCGCAAGCCGCUCCUCGGACGCGCCCCCUCCCACUCUUCAGCUCAAGUGUUAGAAGGCCCGCGCCCCGUCUCACGCGCCAGCUCGAUCGACACACUAAAUGACGACGGCCUUGGCUGCGCCUUGGAAAGCGCUCACCCGACUAGAGACAAUUCCACAUCCCGCAGUAACAGCCGUGCCGAACAGAGUCUAUCAUCCAUGCUCAGCGGUGGGAAAUUUGAUUUCCUAAACGAUAAAUUUCCACCUCAUACCGAGGACGAAGAUGAGGAAAAUCAAGCACCGCAGAUGACGCAGCUGGAUUAUGAAGAUCCUGAUGCGGCUGCCAUGAGGGCGGAGUUCCUGAGGGAUGCUGGGAAGUUGUCUGGCAAGACAACGAAGGCCGAUAGCUCGGGAUUGAUUGUCGGUGAAGUGCGGGAGCUGGAAGAUGUUGGAUGGGGAUCUGGGCGGAGGACGAGGAAGCAGCCCGUGAAAGUGGAUGAUAUUUAA